GAGGGAGGGAGGGAGAGUUUCUCUCGAGCGGCACAGGACGUCGUCGAUGCUCGAGACGAUUUCACGUGUGCAAAACGUUAGCUCUUUCGAUCGAUCCAACAUUAACGUCAACGUCAACGUAAACGUAAAACGCGGACGAAUAGGACGAAGACGAAUAGAAAGAAGAAAAAAAGAAGAACGUGAUUUUUAGUGUGAGUGAGAGAGAGAGAGAGAAAGAGAGAGAGAGAGAGAGAGAGAGAGAGAGAGAGAGAGAGAGAGAGAGAGAUCAGCCUCGAGAGAAACAUGACGGGCACAACUGAUCCCUUGAUCGACCUACCUAAAGAAGCUCCAAAAGGCGAAACAUCGCAACAUACAACCAUUGAAAAGUCCAAUCUAUCGGAGAGAACACGUUGGAGACAAUGGCUAGCAUCGAUUUCAGCGACUCUAUCGAUGGUAGCAGUUGGAACGGUUUAUGGUUGGACAACGACGAGUCUUUCGAAGUUGAUGUCGAAGGACAGCGACGCCCCAAUGAGGAUAACCGAGGACGAGUCAUCUUGGAUCGUAUCGUUGACCGUGAUUGGCUCGAUGAUCGGUCCCUUUUUGGGUGCCUAUCUAGCUGAUAGAUACGGCCGAAAGAGGUGUCUAUUGUUUUCUAGCGGAUUUUACAUCGCCGGCUGGACUAUUGUAUUUUUUGCAACAUCGGUUUCGGCUCUCUACGCUGCCAGAGUUAUUUUGGGUAUUGGCGUUGGCGUUUCUUACACGACCAAUCCGAUGUACGUGUCCGAAGUGGCUGAUGUAAACAUUCGCGGAGCCCUAGGAACAUUAAUAGCGGUUAACGUCUUCACCGGGUCACUCUUGACCUGUAGCAUAGGUCCAUGGAUCUCUUAUCGUACUUUGGUCGUCGUACUACUGAUCAUCCCGAUUGUAUUCAUCCUCACAUUCAUCUGGUUCCCCGAGAGUCCACAUUUUCUAGCUGCUAGAGGCCGCAAGGCCGAAGCUUCGCGAUCGUUAGCCUUCUUUAAAGGUAUCAGAGACCGCGACGAGGCACGAAGAGAACUGGAGUUGGCUUUGCAAGCUGGCUCGAACGAGGACUCGAGGGAUAACAAGAUAGUAGCAGACGAUCGAAUUAACAAAGUUGCCUCUUCUUCCACCUCCUCGAGUGUAACCAACGGUAAAGAAGAAAAUGGUCUGAAGACUGUCCUGAAUAAAGUUAAACUAAUGCUCCUGCCAACAAAUAGUCGAGCUCUCUGUAUAAUUCUUGGCUUGAUAGCUGCUCAACAACUAAGUGGCAACUUCAGUACCAUACAAUAUUUAGAAGUAUUAUUCAAUCGUGCCUCGGUAGGCAUAGAUUCGAACAUCGCAACUAUACUGGUAUUAGCCGUUGGUUUGGUAUCGGGUGCGUGUUCAACCGCGACCGUCGAAGGUGCAGGAAGACGGCCAUUACUUAUAUUCUCAACGUUGGGCUCAUCGAUCACUUUAGCCAUUCUAGCGAUAUACUUGAUGUUGGACGCUAAAAAAUUCAACGUAUCCUCCGCUAAUUUUCUUCCCGUCGUCGUAGUGAUACUCUUUCAAGUGGCAUUUCAAAUAGGAUUGGGUACUCUACCUAACGCAUUGAUCGGUGAACUUUUCCCAACGGAAGUUAAGGGAAUAGCCGGUGCCAUUGUUACUGUGUUCGACGGUGUCCUUGGUUUCGCAGUGUCUAAACUUUAUCAAGUGAUUGGCGACAUACUCGGUGCUUACGCAGUUUAUUAUUUCUUCUCUGCUUCAUGCUUGCUAGCAUUCUUUAUGGUGACGUUUCUAUUACCGGAAACCAAAGGUAGAACCUUUCGUGAGAUUCAACGAUUAUUGGCUGGCAAUGCGAAAAAGAUGUCGUCUCGUCGUUUCGACGAUUUAGAGGAAGGUAAAGCGUGACGGAAGGAUCAGCACCGUGGUCAAAUCUCGUCCCGGUGCGUUCUCAAGCACUUUAUGAUAUCGAUUAUCUCAAUAACGAUCGAUUCCUCGUUUCUUCAUUGUCAUUAUUAUUUGCUACCCACGUAUUCCUUCACAAAUAAAAUUAUCUUUGCCAAAAA